AUGGAUUAUUGGAAUCAAGAAAGUAUUGAUUUGGCUCAAGUAGAGUUAGUAUUUAAAGAAUUGGCGUCUCGCCUUGAACAUUUAGAAAUGGAUUCUAGCAACAUUCUAUUUCGGAUUGCUGUAGGAUCCCAACCAGACAAGUACUGGGAGUCGAUAGCAUUUGUACGCGAAUUUUACAAAAAUUUAGAGAGAAAACAGAAGGUUGAACCAGAUGAAAUCCGAAACCAAGUGCGUCUUUUGAGUGAAGCUAGCUUAAUUUCUUGCCUUCGUUGGAUUCUGCAUCGUAUCCCCGGAGGUGUAAUUACAUGGUCUACUUAUAAACUUUUCCAAGAAGCAGAAUUAAGAGCUAAUUACCCGAGUUCUGGGUUUAACAUAUUCAUGAAACAUGCGACUAAAAAUUCCCACCAUUUAAAUGUGUUAAAACAUUUUCUAAAACUAAUGAUGAGUCUUUCUGCAAAAAUGGCUACUAGCACACAAGUCCAUAGAGGGUCUUCCUUGGAGUCGGUAGCUCAAAUUGCUAGUAUUUGGGCUUUUGAAUGGCCUCAAAUGUCAUUGCAAGAUACACUUGAAUACUGGAAUAAAUGCUCAAAUGCUUGUUUUCAUCUUCUUCUUUGUUACAUCCGUAGUAUGGAUAAGCAAGAUCAAUCCGGAUUUUCCUGCUUGCCAUAUACAUUACAAACCCAGGUUCAGCGAUGCAAGUAUCCUCCUCGAACUAUCAACUAUUUGAAUGAAAAAGCUUCUUUAGUAAACUUCUCACUUAGUUCUUAUUUUUCAAAGGAUCCUUUGGAGAUCAUCCAGCUGGUUUUUCAAAUGCCUGUACCACGGAAUAUAUCUUCCUCAUUACCCCGACGUUUUGAAGAUGUACAAACAAAAUGUUUGUCCACCCUGCAACAAGUUAGCAAGCGCACAUCCUAUCAUUCUGUAUUUUCUAUCCAAGAAUCUGCAUGGUCCAGUUUUAUUAACAAUGGAUUCAACCAUCCAAUUGCUCCUACCAAAACUCAAGAAACGGUUUGCUCUAUUUUGUCUGGGGAAAUCUCUACUUCUGAUUUCCCCCACGUGGCUCCGUUGGACCAGGUUUCUUCUUUAGAUAAAAACAUCGCCAACCAAUGUUCGUUUGAAAGUAUUUCACCCGUUAGUUCCUCAAAAAACCUUUGGUGGCUUUGGGUCGAAUCUCGCUGCCCCGAAAUUCCAGAAUCGAAGCGAACCGCCUUCAUGAAUUGCACUAUGAUGCUGGAUAAAAUGGAUAAGCUAUUAAUUUUCGAACAGAGCGUUCCUACUCCAAAUUUACUAACCCAGCAAAAUGACUAUCAAGCAAAAACAACAUUAUUAAACAAAAUACGGUCAUCUUUUAAACGCGUCAUAAAACCGAGAAAGUUUCACAAAAAAACAUCUAUGCUUACUAACUCACCAAGAAGAAGUUGCCAAAGCGUGUUAUAUGAAAGUAACCGUGCUAUUUUACUUCAUUUGGCCGAUCAAAUGAACCAAUUAUCAUCAGCUGAUGCUUAUAAAAACGAGGUUAAACCAUUAAAUCUGAUAUCUGAGCAUAAAGAAGACUGGGAUCCCGAAGCAACGGGAUAUGUGAAUACUCUCUUAAACUGGGCAAACAAGCGACAGUCCAUUUACGAUGAACCAAUUAAACUGACAUACCCAAAUAAUAUAAACCCUCAUCAGUCUAAUGACGAAAAAGCUUCCUCUUCGGCUUCUAUCAACAAGUUUAUGUCUUCAUCGUUGACUGCAACCAGUGAUAACUCCUCGAUUACUGGGGGUUCUACUUUCUCAUCAAUUGAAAGUCAACCGAAAAGUCAACCGAAGAAUAUCCCUGCAGGUUUAAACAGGAAUAAUAAACCAAAAAAUUUGCCUACCAUGCUUGCAAAGAAGAUGUCUAUUAGCAAUCAUCGUGGUGCGUCAUCAGCUGCCAAAACUGAAAAGAAUAUUCGACCACCAUUGAAGGAUUGGGACUCGACUGAGACGAUGUCACCUAUGUUUACAAAGGCCACGAAUUCAGCGAGAAGCAGCCCUUUUUCUCUCGAUCGUACAAUGAGUACACGUGCAUAA